UAGAUAAACAACUUGUGGCGUCCAAAAGAAUCCCAUCCUUUUUAUUGUCUUUAUAUUUGAUAUAUUUGCUUCUUCAACAAAAACCAAAAUAUCUUUUAAUUUUGUUUUUCGUUUUUUAUUCUAACAAAUACCCAUUGAAGAAAAGGCACAAGGAAGAGGAAAGGAGGAUUCUUCAUUUGGUUUUAGAGCUUUCUUUAGCUUUGAAGUCUAAAGAAAGCCAUUUCCUUAAAAGUGAAGAUAUGGAGAUCGAUAAAUCAAUCAGAGAAAGUGAUGAUAGGAGGCUUAAGACCAAAUACAACAACGCCAUCUAUGUUAUUAAAAGAGCUCUUGCUCUUUAUUCUAUUGAAGAGGUUGCUUUCAGCUUCAAUGGAGGAAAGGAUUCUACUGUUUUGCUGCACCUUCUUAGGGCUGGCUAUUUUCUGCAUAGAGCAGAACAAAGCUGUUGUAAUGGGGUUUUGACAGAUUUUCCAAUUCGAACAAUAUAUUUUGAGAGCACUUCUGUUUUCCCGGAAAUAAAUACAUUUACCUAUGAUACAGCAAAGACUUAUGGCUUGCAAAUGGAUAUUAUCCGCACAGAUUUCAAGUCUGGUUUAGAGGCUUUGCUGAAGGCUAAACCAAUCAGAGCAAUAUUUCUUGGUGUACGAAUUGGUGAUCCAACCGCGGUAGGCCAAGAGCAGUUUUCCCCUAGUUCACCAGGAUGGCCGCCUUUCAUGAGAGUAAAUCCAAUCUUGGAUUGGUCAUACAGAGAUGUGUGGGCUUUCCUCUUAACUUGCAAGGUUCAAUACUGCAGUCUUUAUGAUCAGGGUUAUACUUCGAUUGGAAGCAUAUAUGAUACGGUGCCAAAUGCCUUGCUUUCUAUCAGCAACACCACCAGCAAAGAAAAAUUUAAACCUGCAUAUUUGCUUUCUGAUGGAAGACUAGAGAGGGCUGGGAGAGUUAAAAAAAAAUCUCCUUUAGAUGGCACUCAUUUUCCUGCUGUCAACAAUGGCUUAGACAGUGUUGAUUCACAUAGAAACAGGAUGUUUACUGCCUCAGUAAUUGGUGUGGGGGAUGAGAUUCUGUUUGGCACUGUUGAGGAUCAGUUGGGGCCUUCAAUGUGCAGAAAGCUCCAUUCCAUUGGUUGGUUGACAUCACAAACUGCUGUUGUCAGGAAUGAUAUAGAUUCUGUGGCUGAAGAGGUUGAACGAUGUAAAUCUACCAGUGACAUGGUAUUUUUGUAUGGAGGUGUGGGCCCAUUGCAUUCUGAUGUUACUUUAGCUGGUGUGGCAAAGGCAUUCGGGGUUCGCCUGGCUCCUGAUGAAGAGUUUGAGGAAUUUCUAAGGCAUCUUAUUGGUGAUCACUGCACUGGCGAUAGAAAUGAGAUGGCUCAAUUACCUGAAGGCAUCACUGAACUAUUGCAUCACGAAAAGCUGCCUGUGCCUCUGAUCAAAUGUCAUAAUGUAAUCAUACUUUCUGCAACAAAUGCUACUGAGCUGGACAAGCUGUGGGAUUGUCUGAUUGAAUUAACAAGAUCUGAUGACUGCUUGGUGACAAUGGAACCAUACUCAUCAAAGCGCUUGAUAACAAAUCUAACUGAUGUAGAAACUGCUCAACCCCUUUUAAAACUUUGUCUUGAAUUUCCAGACCUUUACAUUGGUUGUUUCCGCAAAUCUAGACAAGGGCCUCUAGUAAUUAGCUUUGAAGGCAAGGACCCAGCUAGAAUUCAAGCAGCUGUAGAAGCUUUGUGCAAGAAGUUCCAUCCAGGGGCAUUCUCUGAAGUCAACUAGAUAAAUCUGCUAAUCAUUCAAGCUUUGCUCGGCAAGCUUCAAAAUCCAAGAAGCUUCUGCAAGUUCCAGUUUCCAGAGUAUAUGCGGUGGAAACGUGCGUUUGGAUAGUUGCAACUGAGAAGGGAGAAGGAAAGUUAGAAGGGGAAGAUCACAUAAAGAUAGAUGCUCCAUAAAUUGUCUGGUGAAAACCGAAGUGACAGUUAAGGACUUAAACAAUUUGUAUUUGUUCUUUAGCCAAGAUCAAUGAAUCCGACAGCUCUAUUCUCAACGAUCAAGGGUGUUUCAGCGAAGAGCAAAGUGAACACUCUUUUUGAAUGAUUCUUUUGUUUGAAUCGCCAGUCUUUCUUAUUCGAGUGAUGUCUUCCAUUGCUUGCUUGGUUUAUUUGCAUUUAAAAUUUCUUCCACUCUGAACUUCGUAUCCGGUGUUUUGCAUAAACCAAGCAGGAGCUGAUAGAUAGUCAGUCAUUGGCAUUGAUUAAAGAUAUCGUAAAAAGAUAUUAUUUGAAAAA